UCCCCUGCUGCUUUCAGUUUUGUUUCUCUCAGGUACCCAGGAACUGUGGGGUCACGUCGCGAGGGGUCUCCUGGUGCUUCUGGAGCCCCAAGUCCUCUCUGGCUGGGCCUGACCCAGCCCACCCUGCUGACCUUCCACCAGAUAUUCCCGUAGGAGAAGACAGAAGAGCGGCCAGACAACUGGAAGGCAAUUCAUCCCCAUCCAGUAUGGUUUCCCAGGGCUCCUCGCCCUCCUUGCUGGAGGCCCUGAGCAGCGACUUCCUGGCCUGCAAGAUCUGCCUGGAGCAGCUGCGCCUGCCCAAGACGCUGCCCUGCCUGCACACCUACUGCCAGGACUGCCUGGCCCAGCUGGCCGAGGGCGGCUGCGUGCGCUGCCCCGAGUGCCGGGAGACCGUGCCGGUGCCGGCCCCCGGCGUGGCCGCCUUUAAGACCAACUUCUUUGUCAACGGGCUCCUGGACCUGGUGAGGGCACGAACGGGGAGGGAUGUGCGCGCCGACAGGCCGUCCUGCGCCCUCUGCCCCCUGGUGGGGGGCGCCAGCACGGGGGGACCGGCCACCGCCCGGUGCCUGGACUGUGCCGAUGACCUGUGCCAGGCCUGCGCGGAUGGGCACCGCUGCACCCGCCAGACCCACGCGCACCGCGUGGUGGACCUGGUGGGCUACCGGGCGGGCUGGUACGACGAGGAGGCCCGGGAGCGCCAGGCCGCCCAGUGUCCUCAGCACCCCGGCGAGGCCCUGCGCUUCCUGUGCCAGCCCUGCAGCCAGCUGCUGUGCCGCGAGUGCCGCCUGGACCCGCACCUGGACCACCCGUGCCUGCCCCUGGCCGAGGCUGUGCGCGCCCGGAGGCCCGGCCUCGAGCAGCUGCUGGCCGGCGUGGACGCCAACCUCGCCCGCCUGGAGGCCUCCAGGGCGGCAGAAAAGGCCGCGCUGACCCAGGUGAAGGAGCAGGCGGCCAGGGUGGGCAGCCAGGUGGACGAGGCCGCCGAGGGCAUCCUCCGGGCUCUGCUGGCCCAGAAGCAGGAGGUGCUGGGCCAACUCCGGGCUCACGUGGAGGCUGUGGAGGAGGCUGCUCGGGAGAGGCUGGCCAAGCUGGAAGGCCAAGAGCAGGUGGCCAGGGCGGCCGCCACCUUUGCCCGGCGGGUGCUCAACCUGGGUCGGGAAGCUGAGAUCCUAUCUCUGGAAGGGGCGAUUGCCCAGCGGCUCCGACAACUACAAGAUGGCCCCUGGGGCCCGGGGCCAGCCUCCUGCCCGCUGCCCCGGCUAACGCUGCACCCCGGGGUCCGGGACAAGAGCUGCCCUCUGCUCAGCCUCUCCUUUGAGAAGCCAGAGGGCCAGGAUGGAGACGAAGAGCAAGCCUGCACCCAGGGAGAGGAAGGAACCCAGAGCCUGGGAGAAGACGAUGGGGCCAGCAAAGAGAGGCAAGAUGGAGUCCAGACACCCCAAGAAGACAGAGCCCAGUCACCCCAAGACGACGGAGCCCAGUCACCCCAAGAAGACAGAGCCCAGUCACCCCAAGAAGACAGAGCCCAGACACCCCAAGAAGACAGAGCCCAGACACCACAAGACGGUGGACGAGCCUCACUAGGAGGAAGGAGUGGCCGUACCACCAAGAAGAAAAGAUGCCGGAGCCGACACAAGUUAGCCUCUCGGGAGCCCAGCCCAGUCCUGGGGCCCCAGCUGGAAGGUUCUGGCCUCCUCCCCCGGCCUGUCUUGGUCUGCAGCUUCCCCACGCGGAUGCCGGGGGACCGGUAUGCCCCCCGUAUCACUGGGGUCUGUGGUUUCGGUCCUCAGGAGAUCCUGGUGGCCGACGAACAGAAUGGGUGUCUGAAGCGCUUCUCCCUCAAAGGCGACUACCGCGGCGUGGUGCCCGUGCCCCAGGCCCAGUUCCCCUGCAGCGUGGCCACCCUGCGCGACGCCGUGGCCUUCUCCACCAAUGCCCACCUCUACCUCGUCAGCCACAACGGCAAGGUGUGGUGGCGCCGGGCUGUGAGCCACACGCAGUCCAGCCACGCAGUGGCCGCGCUGCCCAGCGGGGACCGCGUGGCCGUCACCGUGGGCAGCCACGUGGAGGUCUACAAUGAAGAGGGCAGCCUGGCCACGAGGUUUAUCCCCGGAGGCAAGGCGCAGCGCGGCCAGCGGUCCCUGGUGUUCCUGGCCACCAGCCCGCAGGGGCAUUUCGUGGUGUCCGACUGGCAGCAGAAGGGCGUGGUGGUGUGUGACGGACUGGGCCGGGUGGUUGGGGAGUCCCAGGGGCCCAGCCUUCAGGGCUGCCAGCCGGGCUCCGUGGCCGUGGACAAGGACGGCUUCAUCUUCCUGACCCUUCGUGGAGUGAACCAGGUGGUGAUCUUGGAUCCAAAGGGAUCAUUUCUCAGCGAGUUCCUGACGGCCUACCACGGCCUGGAAAAGCCGCGGGUCAUCAGCCUGGUGGAUGGCAGGUACCUGGUGGUGUCGCUCAGUAACGGAACCAUCCGGGUUUUCCGCAUCCGGUCUGCUGAUAGUUGA